UGGAUUCGCUUCCAUUCAAUACACCAUAUUUUCGUGAAGUUACGAGGUUGCACGAUGUCUCUCUGUAAGACCCGGUUACAGGAAGAAAGAAAACAGUGGAGAAAGGACCAUCCCUUUGGCUUUUUUGCUAAGCCAAUCAAGGCUCCAGAUGGUUCCCUUGAUUUGACACAAUGGAAGGCAGGUAUACCUGGUAAGGCCAACACCUUAUGGGCAGGUGCUGUCUAUCCAAUCUCCAUAACCUUUCCGGAAGAGUAUCCAUCAAAGCCUCCCAAGGUGAAGUUCCCAGCCGAGUUCUACCAUCCAAACAUCUACCCCAGUGGAACUGUAUGUCUUUCAAUCUUGAAUGAGGAACAAGAUUGGCGUCCUGCUAUCACUUUAAAGCAAAUUGUCCUUGGUAUACAGGAGCUUCUCGACUCUCCUAACCCAGACUCCCCUGCUCAAGAACCUGCUUGGAGAGCUUUCCAAAAGGAACGUGCUGUUUAUGAGAAGAAGGUCAAGGAACAAGCCAAAAGGUACGUUUCAUCCACAUAGUUGUAACAUUAGAUAAUCAUAUAUAAUAAGA